AUGAAAGAUAAAAGGACUAAGACUUUAUAUUCUUCUACAUUAAAACCUGUUCUAUUAUCUUUAAGAAUUGUCGGAGUUCACGUACCUAAAGAUAUUUGGUUCUGUAGAUAUAGCGAUGGAAUAUGGAGUUUGAGUAUUAUGUUAUUUCGUUUUCUUUAUCUAGGACAAGAAUUGACUUCUGUUAUUUUAGGAUUAUCUCCAACUCAUUUAUUGGAUCAGAUAGCAGUCAUUUUGGCAACUAUCAGCGCUUGUUUAGCAUCGGCUUUUCUUGCUCACGAUGUUUCAAAUAUGUCGCGAGUUUUGGACCAAUUGGAUAAUACAUUGCAAAAUCUUGCAUGGAAACAACAAAAUUUACGUUCGGUAAGUCAUCAAAUAUUAAUUUUAACUACGAUUGGAUGGGUAUAUAUACUUCUUCGUUGGAUUUCUAUGUUGCUUAUAUUAGAUAAUAUGCCAGAACAUCAUUUUCAAUCUAUUUUCUUUGGGAUCGUUCCGAAUAAUUUAUCGACUACGGCCAUUUACGUCUUCGUUUCUGUAAUAUGGAGUAUGGAAAUAUUUUUUAUUCACGGUGCCAUUGUAUUUAUUCCUAUACUGUUUAUGUCGUUUUGUAUUCUGUUAAGAAAAUCCUAUCGAGAACAUAAUAAUAUUAUUAACGAACUCAAUUCUCUACCAAUUCUUGUAACCGAUUUCUCUAGCAUUAGAAGUUUCCACGAGAAAUUAUGUUCUAUAGUUGCUAAAGUGGAUACCAUAUUUGGUAAAAUAGUUUUCUUUUGGUAUCUGUUUCUAUUAGUUACAGUAUGUUUAGACAUUACUCAACUGUUCACAGAUGAAACUCUUUUGAAGAAUGAAGCAAAAAACGAUGUAUUUUACUUUAGUUUAAGAGUUCUAUACUCCAUGUUAAGUUUCUUAGGAACUUGUAUCACUGCAUCUGGUGUAUCUUUAGAAGCUCAUGCAGCACUUCCUACUGUGCAUAAUCUUACACUUCAUCGUUUAAGACUCGAUAUGGAUAACAAACUAGAGGCUCAGUUUUUGAUAUCGCGCCUCACAGCACCUACAAUAGGACUGAGUGGAUGGAAUUUUUUCACUAUCAAUAGAAGCUUUAUCCUUCAGGUUACAGCAGCAUUAACUACUUAUGUGGUUAUUGUAAUUCAAUUGAAUCCUCAAGCUAUGAGGGUUAUACAACAUUUAGUAGAUCAGUCUGUCAAUAGUACUAACAAUGCAACUGCUACAGAAUGA